ACCAACCUAUUGUAUUCGUACAUUUGAUACAUUGAAGUUCAAGUGCCUUAGCUUCUCAAAAUGGGAGCUCCUCCAAGUUCUCAAUUCAUUUUCUUCACCUUCAAUUUUCUUCUUCUCUUUUCACUCAACAAUGUCCAAAUUCAAGCCAUGUCAACAGUCACAGCAAUUUCCAAAGACCAAAUAGCUUGUGAAAUGUGUGAAGCCUGUGAGAACCCAUGCCAACCUAUUUUAUCUCCUCCACCACCAUCACCUCCUCUUCCAUGCCCUCCUCCACCUUCACCACCACUUCCACCACCACUUCCACCACCAUCACCACCUCCUCCGUCUCCUCCACCGCCCUCAGCACCGGUCAUUGACUGUCCACCGCCACCUCCACCACCAGCCCGACGUUCUUGCCCUGAAGACUGCUCUCUACAGCCUCGAACACCGCCUUAUUCCAUAUACCCUUAUUUUUCGCCACCUUCAGCUUACUCUAAUAAAUCCACUCAAUUCAAAAGUCAUCCUUUCGUUACUUUUCUCAUUCUAGCCAUUGCAUGCCUUUUUUCCCUAUAGACAUUAAUGUGGUGUCAUAUCGUUCGUUUUAGGUCAAGUCUACAUAAUUUAAGAGGCCUUAUGUGCUCCUGAGAUUCUUAUUGAUUUUUAGUGUCAGAGUUUCUUCGUAUAUCCAACAAGACAAAAAUCAUAGUAAUAUGAGAUUUAACUGUUGUAUAACAUCUAAUAUUUGUUUACGUAAUUCCUUGUUUUAUCCAAAUAAAUAUAUAUAAGUUUCAGGUUUAGACAAUGUGCAGAGAGGAAGAAGAACCUAAGGGCAAGAAGUGGUGGAUCAAAAAAGAUGGUGUGUCAAAUUGCCAUACACAAAGAAUGUGGAUUCGGAGGACAUCUCAUAUGCUUAAUUCUAAGGGAAAGUAGGAAUAGUCUUCUUGUUCACUUUAGGUAGUGGAAUUCAAUAAAGUGCCUCAAGUGUAAUUCAAAAGUCACAUGCUUAGUUUUUACGUCAUUGCUGGUAUUACUUAAAUUUUCUUAUUAUUGGAUACAUGUACUCAUCUAUUUUAUAAUGAAGCAUUAGAAUUAGUUUUUA